GUGAAUUUCGAACUAAAAAUUAAUAAAAACGUGAAACUUAUUAAUUAAACUGAAAAGAUGCCGGCUAAGAAACAAAUAACCGAGGCACAAGAACGACUCCUUCUGCAAAUGAUGCAGGAGAACCCCGAGAUUGCCAACAAUCGCGUGACGAGCCUGACGGACUCCAUGGCCAAGCAGAAUUUACAGAAAUUUUGGGAAUCAUUAGCGUCCCGGCUGAAUGCCACGGGCUCCGGCAACAAGAGAGUAUGGCAGAAGUGGCGAGACUAUUGGACCGAGCGUAAGUACGGAGUGAGAAGAAAGGUGGCAAAGAUUCAAGCACACACCGGCUCAGGAAGUUCCGCUAUAAAACUGACUGAUGUAGAAGAACAAAUCCUAGAAAUAAUGGAUAUGAAACCAACCCACUUAAGGGAAUCCUCAGCAGCUCAAGGAUAUUAUAAUCAAGAGUUUGUCCUGGAAUGUACUCCGGCAAUGAAUAGACCACAGUCUCCGGUGUCUCCUGCCCAUUCACCACUGAUGGAAUCUAUGCAAAACACUUUACAUAAGUCAGAAAUUAAGUCAGAUCCACUGCAAGAACAAGAAUCACAGCCUUCAUCACCCUCUAAUAGUCCAAUGCGAGAUGAACUAGUCACUCAAGCCCCUUCAUGGGCUGUUGAAUUGGAGAACAGGAGAAUGGAGAUAGAGAGCCAACAGCUGCGGGUGUUAGAGCGACUCGCCACAUCAGUUGACAAGCUCGCCACUACUGCUGAUAAGCUACUACAGAUGCUAGCAAAUAAAUAAAGCAAUGGCUUUU